GGGCCGCAGGCCUCGGCCGCGGCUGCGUCCGCCAGUCGGCAGCUCUGGCUCCUGAGGUAGAGGGUGAGUGCGGGGCCCACGGCUGCAACGCUUCGGCCGAAGGUCUCGGAGGCCUCCGCACGAGGAUCUCAGAACUGCCCAGCCAGGACCCCGCGGCUUGAGGGGCGGCCGGCCGCGGAAGAGCCCGGGGCAAGUCCUCUCUGCCCCUACGGAGCGCCGAGUUACCGAGAUCCUGGUGCGUCCCCUCUAGCUCCCGGGACCCAGGCCGCGCUCUGCCUCCUCUGGACUCUGCCCAACCCCUCAGGAAGGAAGGAGAGGGCAAUGGCUGCUGGGUUGCUGCCACUGGGAACCCAGAUUUUCUUGGAUAUUACUGCCAGAUUAAUCUACCAUUUAGACCUCUUAUUAUCCUGUCCAAACCAAGAAGAGAAAGCAUCGAUUGAGUCCUGUGCUCGGCUCUUCCCAGUGUCAUCAUCUAAUGUACUCAUCAUAACAAACCCACAGGACUGGGAGACAAGACUUGAAACCAGAGAGUCAACUCCAAAGCCCAACAGUACUGAAGAUUUAUUUCAUUGGGUAAUAAUGGAAAGGGAAGGUCUCUGGCAUUCUACUUUAGGGAAAACCUGGGAACCUGAUAAUUGGCUAGAGGGGCAACAGAAAAACCAGAAAAGACCUCUGGGCCAAGUGGCAGUUACCCAUAAGGAAACCCUCACUAAGAAAAGAGUAUGUGAAGGUAAUGAAUUUGAAAGAUAUUCCUGUCAAGGUUCAGUCUUUGAUACACAACAAAGCAUUCCUAUGGCAAAAAGGCCCCAUAAUUGGAGUUCACAUGGAAAAGAUGCCAAACAAAAUUCUGAGUUAAUGAAAACGCAAAGAAUGUUUGUUAGAAAGAAAAUCUAUGAAUGUAAUGAAUGCAGGAAAACCUUCAGUCAGAGUUCAUCCCUUCUUAAGCACCAGAGGAUUCAUACUGGGGAGAAACCCUAUAAGUGUAGUGUAUGUGGGAAGCACUUCAUUGAACGCUCCUCCCUUACAGUACAUCAAAGAAUUCAUACUGGAGAGAAACCCUACAAAUGUAAUGAAUGUGGGAAAGCCUUCAGUCAGAGCAUGAACCUUACUGUUCAUCAAAGAACUCAUACUGGAGAGAAACCCUAUCAGUGUAAAGAAUGUGGAAAAGCCUUCCGUAAGAAUUCAUCCCUUAUUCAACAUGAAAGGAUUCAUACUGGAGAGAAACCCUACAGAUGUAAUGAAUGUGGGAAAGCUUUUACCCAAAGCAUGAAUCUUACAGUGCAUCAGAGAACUCAUACAGGAGAAAAACCCUAUGAAUGUAAUGAAUGUGGAAAAGCUUUCAGUCAAAGCAUGCAUCUUAUUGUACAUCAGAGAAGUCAUACUGGAGAAAAACCCUAUGAGUGUAGUGAAUGUGGUAAAGCCUUUAGCAAGAGCUCAACUCUUACCCUACAUCAGCGAAAUCACACUGGAGAAAAACCCUACAAAUGUAACAAAUGUGGGAAAUCCUUUAGCCAAAGUACAUAUCUUAUAGAACAUCAGAGACUUCAUUCUGGAGUAAAACCUUUUGAAUGUAAUCAAUGUGGAAAAGCUUUCAGUAAGAAUUCAUCUCUUACUCAACAUCGGAGAAUUCAUACUGGGGAGAAACCCUAUGAGUGUAUGGUAUGUGGCAAACAUUUCACUGGACGAUCAUCCCUUACUGUACAUCAGGUUAUUCACACUGGAGAGAAACCUUAUGAGUGCAAUGAAUGUGGAAAGGCCUUCAGCCAGAGUGCGUACCUUAUUGAGCAUCAAAGAAUUCAUACUGGUGAGAAACCCUAUGAAUGUGAUCAGUGUGGAAAAGCCUUCAUUAAGAAUUCAUCCCUUAUAGUGCAUCAGAGAACUCAUACAGGAGAGAAACCCUAUCAGUGUAAUGAAUGUGGAAAAGCCUUCAGUCGGAGUACAAACCUCACACGACAUCAAAGAACUCACACAUGAGGAAAGUUUCACUGGCCACUUCAUUAUGAUUAAUCCUUCACUAAUAAUCAGAUAAGUCAUGUAAUGUAGAAACCUAGUAAAUGUAACAAUUGUGAAGAUCUUUUAGUUGAAGUACAGUAAGCCAUAUCAGAUAAUACAGAUCACUGCAGAGAAACCAUAUAAAAGUGGAGAAAUCUUCAUUCAGAAGAUAAAACUUACUUUAUAUCAGAAGGUGUAGGUAACUAAUGUUAUAAACAAUAGAGAUCCGUGCUGAAGAUAAGUUCUGAUAUAUCAUAAUGCAGAUUCUCCUUUGGACAGCAGAUACUUCACACUGGAGAGAAAGCAUGAGUGUUUAACUGGACAGACCAAAGACCUGGUAUAUAAAUCUAAUCUGCCACUAACUGGGACAAAUUACCUACUUUCAUCAUGUGAUAGUUUCCUUAUUUGGUAAAUUAGGGAUAUUUUAUUUAGAAGGUAUGCAGGAUGCCUGUUAGCUCUAAAAUGCUACAAACCUACAAAUAUAAUGAAUGCUCGGAAAUCCUUGAUCUUUUACCAUGUUGUAUAUGUUGUCUAGAUGCUUCUGCUCCAGAGUCUGGUUUCCUUGGAUGUUUUGAGUCAAAAUUUUUUACCUCUACCAACUCCUAUUACCUUUCCAUUCCCCUCCCCCUUCUACAUUCGUUUUCUCCCCUGAAAUACAGGCUGGUUUCUAUCAGGUGAUAGAAUAAUUAUAUACAUCUUAAUGCAAUAGCAUGCUGUUUUGAGUUCUCAUUAAUAGUCAUUAAAGUGUUAUUAAAUGAGCUGAUUGUUUAGAAAACAGUAUAACUUAAAUAUAGUCUUUAAGUACAUAGGAACCAAAUACAUGUUGUUGUGUUGUGUUCUGACUAUAGAAGUGGAAAAGAGAAAAGAAGGAAGGGCUGAACACUAAUAGACAUGUAAAUUUGACAUAUUAACAAAAUCUUUGCAACUCAAAAAAUAUUCAGGACAAUCAGGGAAAUUUUAUAGAUCUAUAAUUAUGAUAGUUAAGAAAGUUUCCUUUAUUUCACAUACCAAGUCCUAAAUAUGUGCUAGAUAUGAUUAGAAAAUCAAAAUGAAUAAGAUAUAUUCUUUGUUUUCUAAGGGCUAAACUAAGAAAGUAGGUGUGAUAGGAGAGGAAAAGAAGACAUGAGGUAGAAUCUAGAAAACGUGGUAACAGAUUAAUUGUGGCCACUUGAAUGAGAAGGAAGAGUCUAGUAUGACUUGAAUUUCUAAUUUGGGUGGAUGGGGUGCCAUAAUUAAAAACACAUGAAGUUGACCAAUUUUGUGGGGCAAUGAUGACUUCAGUUUGGGGAUAUUUUCAUGAGUCUGUGGGACAGCCAUGUGAAGAGUCCCAAUAGGCAGUAGAAUAAGUAGAAGGUCAUUGUUAAAGGGGAGUACUGUCAUUGAUGGGGUAGAUGAAGGAAAGAGGAAUCAGGAGAAGCUGAGAAUAAACAGCCAAAAGACAAAAGAAAAAGAGAGAGAAAAAUCAGAAGGUGGUGCCACAGAAGUAAAAGAAUUUUAACAUAGGGAUAAUAGUUAAUAUUGAUAGAUACUAUGGAGGAUAAAGCAAAAUAAAGAUAGAAAUAUCUGUCC